GUGGUUUAUUGUAAAAAUGAAUGGUGAUAUAUAUUGUUAUAUACCAUACGUAUUAAGUGUUGUACUUCCGUAGUGGUUGUCACCUUUUUACAACACUGAUUGCGUGCGGUGAUCAUUACACAUUAAAAGAGAGCCCGGCCAAACGUCUCACUCUAUAUUUGGCCAGUGCUGAUAUCCAACAUAUUGCAUAUCUUGUCCAUACAUAUUACCAAUUUAUCACAUUGUCGUCGAUGCGUUUAGUCUACAACGACGGUUACGUGUACAUGAAUGGGGACAUCGGGAAGCUCCCACCAGGGGCGGUUUACCCAGCCACCCCUGAACCCUUGGGUUCCGUCGGGGGUACAGUUAUUGCAAACACCAGCUUAGAUUACAGUGUCAUGAACGGAGGAUCUGUACCAGGCGAACUAAUGCUCGACCCAACUACCAUGGGUGGUAUUGAGCCUUCGCCUCAACACUCGAUAAGAUUAAGUGGUACUGUUGGUGGUCUAGCUGGCUCUGCUGACAUUGCUGGUAGUACCAGUGAUGGCGGAGGCGGUGGUAAUCCUCCUUCAAUUGCCGGUGCUGCUCCUCCAGAUGUUGCCGGUGCUCUGAGAGUUGGAGUUAACCUUGGUUAUGUUCCUGUUGAAGUUAAUCCUUUGGAUGUUCAAAUGUCUCCAGCAUUAAUGACUGAUUUACCGACAUCUGGCAUUCCAUUAGAUCAACUUAAACAAAUGCUCUCUUCACAGCUCGAAUAUUAUUUCUCUAGAGAGAAUUUAGCAAAUGAUACAUACUUAUUAUCACAAAUGGAUAAUGAUCAAUAUGUGCCCAUAUGGACCGUCGCAAACUUCAAUCAAGUUAAAAAAUUAACUAAAGAUAUUAAAUUGAUUACCCAAGUGUUACGUGAAUCGCCAAAUGUACAAGUUGAUGAAGAGGGACAAAAAGUUAGACCUAAUCAUAAACGAUGUAUAGUUAUUUUACGGGAAAUUCCAGACAACACACCAUUGGAAGAAGUCAAGAAUUUGUUCUCGGGAGAUGGGUGUCCAAAAGUAAUAUCAUGUGAGUUUGCCCACAAUAGCUCAUGGUAUGUUACUUUUGAAUCAGAUGAAGACGCCCAGAAGGCCUACAGGUUUUUACGCGAAGAAGUUAGAGAAUUUCAGGGAAAGCCUAUAAUGGCUCGCAUAAAAGCUAAACCAAUGAACAGGCUACCAAUUCCUACGGUGGCUGGAGUUAGUAGCAUAAAAAACGGCUUUCGAACUCCUCCACCACCGCCAGUUUUUGAUCCAAGUAGUUAUCCACCUGGUCAACAACGCUUCCUAUACACCAAUGGUACUACCAUGCCCCAAACCACAAUACCGCCAUACCCCAACCAGAUACAGGUCUACCACCAGCCAUUUUACACUCCAUCGAUGAUGCACUGGGGUCCAGCAAGUCCGGCUUAUUUCGACAUGACCAGUGUAUUCACAAUGAAUGGAAUGACACCGCACAAUUCAUUCAAACCACACACAAGGUUUAAUCCACGAAAUAGAAACAAACACAGAAAUGGAUCAGACAGAGGUGGUCCAAUAGACAGUGGUAUGUCACACAUGAGUCGUAUGAACCAUCCACCAAAAUUGAAUUCCAAUAUGCAUACCAGCAAUAACAACAACAACACCAAUAACAAUAACAAUAACAACAGCAACAAUAACAAUACUCCAACAACAGCUAUUACCACUACAAAUAACCAUAACAACAACAGUAAUGGAAAUUCCGGGAAUAAUUCAAUAAUAACAACAGCAACCACAACAUUACCAGUUUUAUCGUCCAACUAUUCAGCGUCACCAAAAUCAACGUCUUAUCACCACCAUCAUAACCACCACCAUAACCAACAUCAUCAACAGAAACACCACCACCAACAACAACAACAUCACCAGCAACAUCAUCAUCAAAUAAGCGGCACAAAAUUCCAUACAUCCUCAGCAUUGUCAUCGUUAUCCACGCUGUCAUCUUCAUCGUCAUCAUCAUCCUCAUCUUCAUCCUCCUCGUCUUCGUCAUCGCCUCACACUCUGUCUUCAAGCGUGGCUGGCGACACCCACUACUCAGGCGGUAAUAUUUCCAAAGCAAAUGUCCAUGAUAAUGAGCCUUACCAUCAUAACUAUAAUUCUAUUGGUAGUAAUACUUUUAAUGCCAAUACUGACCGAGAUGGUGACAGAGAUCGAGAUCGUGAUCGUGAUAAUAAAGGUGAACGCGAGAGAGGAUAUAAUAGUGAGCGAGGAGACAGAGAAAGAAGUGGAGGCAGCUUGCAAUACCGUUAUCGUAUUCACCGCAGGACCAAAGAUCAAGACAACGCUAUGUCUAAAAGCAACAGCACAUUGCCGUCUAUUCGCGAGGGCAAUCAUUCAACUGCUGCUGGAGGAUCUGGUGUUGAUAGGAGCGAUCGUGAUAGACACGAUAGAAGUGCUGCUAGUGGUAAUAAUUCUACCAACAGUCAUCAUCAGCACCAUCAUCAUCAUCAACAUCAAAACCAGCACCAUCAUCAUCCACACAAUUAUCAUCACAAUAAUGCCAAUAAUUUCCAUAAUAGCAACAGUGGCAGCAGCAACAGUGGUAGCAACAGUAGUGGUAGUAACAGUAAUAGUAAUAGUUCUAGUAGUAAUGUUACUGUAAGUGGUGCUGGUGGUUGUACUAGUGUUGCUGUUACCGCGUUACAAUCACAGAAUAGGCUGGCAGAUGUUGUUAAGGGUACGGCCAAAAUAAAAAGCACAAAAGAUAUGACAUUGACUAUGUCCAAGGAGGGCCAGAUAUCAUUUUCGACUUCUUCGAUGUCAUUUGUACCGACGACGGUUGGUGUUCAGCUUAAUAGCAGAUCUACUAGUCCAGGAUCAGUUAUUAGUGCUGCUGGUACGGCUACUGGUGUUCCUGUUACUGUCGCUGGGGUACUAGGGCUACCGAUUGAUGAUCCUAAUGUUGUUAUCGCUUCGAGUGGAUCUGUUUUAGCUGCUACUGUUGUUUCCGGGGCAGGCAAUGUUACUAGUGACAACAUUUACGGCACUGUCACUCUCACUCCCCCGUCAUCUCCCAAUAAAUCUAUUAAGACUGAUGACACAAACUUGAUGGUGAACGGUGUGGACGAGGCCAUAAGUACAAAAUCCCAUGCUGCUGAAAAGUCUGAGCCAGUAAUGAGGUGCAAUUGUGACAACAUCCCUACUGUCCCACAGAAUCCUCCUCAAUUACAAACAGGAGUGGCCUCCGCCUAUCUUUUAGACCUCAACAGGCCAAGCUAUGCCCAAGUAGCUCAACAUUGUCGUGAACAACCUUGUACCAAACACAAACUAGAUGAAAAAGAUACAAAUGAAUAACCCACUAUGCGUUUCUGCAAUUGAUGAAAAAGAAAACUAAAUAUUCUGCUGUCAUCAUUAGUUUGUUUCUUUUCUUUUUUUAACUAAAUAAAAAAGGAAUAAACGAACGUUAAAUGAAAAA